UAAAACAUUAAACGACGUCGUUGCAGACGGGGAAGUCACUGAAAAACCAAGUCUACUUACUGAUCAGGAGAACUCAUCGGCUCCCCUUGUAAUAGCCCUAGACCGUUUCCCGUUCCUCUGAGUUCCAUCACGCAUAUUCGCCGGAACGCUGUCGCCUCCUCCCCGUCGGAACACACUUUCGUCAUAAGUCAAGCAACUCUUGCGAACCCUAGCGCCGUGCCUCUCAUCUUCUCCAUCUUCACACUUCAAUUUAGUGUGAGCUGAAAAACAAUGGGAAGUGCACCUGCUCAAAUUCCUGGAAACUUUGGACAUGAGUUGAGGGCUUGUCUUCGUUGCCGCCUUGUCAAAACCUAUGAUCAGUUUAGAGAGUCAGGUUGUGAGAACUGCCCAUUUUUACAAAUGGAAGAAGAUCACGAGCGUGCGGUUGAGUGUACUACCCCCAAUUUUAAUGGGAUCAUUUCAGUAAUGGAUCCAACUCGAAGUUGGGCUGCCCGUUGGCUGCGUAUCGGAAGAUUUGUUCCUGGUGUUUACACUCUUGCUGUCUCAGAAGCUCUUCCAGAAGAGAUGCAGGCUAUUUGUGCUGAUAAGCAUGUGCAAUAUAUGCCACCGAAACGUUAGUGGAGCAAGUAAAUAUUGGUUUUGUGACAUCUCUAACAUGGUUGGAACCGAGUAUGUAUUGAUGUGGAUUUUAUUGCUAGUUUUGGUCAAAUGCAUUCUUGAAAUGCCUGGUUAAAAUUCUCUAAACAAAUUAAUUAUAGUGUACAUGAGAAAAGCUCAUGAAACUAACAUAAUAUAACUUCUUUUGACUGAUA